AACCGACGCCACCGUCCAGAGCACCAGAUCGGGGGCUGCCCCGGUGCCGUGGACGGACGUACAGCGUCUUGGAAAGGCGCUUGCUCGCACGGUGCCGCACACGCGUCCUGUAUCGUCCAGCACCAGCUGCUCGACCCAAAGUCUUGGAGGCUGCCCAACGCGGCAAUGCGCCUCCUGAAACUCCGCCGCCGCCAGCCGACGGCGCCGGCCUUCGGCGCCGCGCGCGGGCCGCGCUUCGUCCACGCGACGACGGCCGGGACGGACGGAGGCUACGGCGCGCGCGACUGGCUCGCGGACUGUCGAGCCCUGAAGCGUCGCCGCGACGCCGUCGACGCGGCGCGCGAGGCAGAAAACAACGCUAUUGCGGACGGCCACGUCUGCGCGACGACCAUGAGGAGGUGGCGGCGGCGCGCGCGCAUCGGCGCGAUCUGGCGCCGCGCGCUCUCGCGGACCGGCGUGCUCAGCGGCUGGAUGAAGUGGCGCGCGGCGGACCGGGACCUCGCGCGGCUCCGGGACCUGGGCCGACGAGCUCUAUCAUUACUGAGGAAGAAGUGCGGCGACGGGCGGCUCUUCGCGAAGUGGAUAGUACAGACGCAGAAAUGCAGGGAGGGCUCGCGGUUGUCGGCCGCUCUUCACAAAAUCGCGCGCCGCAAGAUGAGGCUGGCGCUGCGCUGCUGGAGAACCAGGCUCGAGGUCCUACGAAGGAACGCGCGUUUGCUUGGAAAUGCAUGCCGGAGGUGGCGGAACCGCGUCGGCCUCGCGCGGGGCUGGAGCCGCUGGCGGCGUUUUAUCGUGACGGGCAAGGUCACGAAGCGGCUCUUGCGACUGAAGCUCGCGCAAGGGUUCGGACGGUGGGCGCAAGUCAGUAAGGACCUGCGGGCCGCCGAGCUCCGGAAGAACGAAUGCGCGAAGCGCGUCGUCGAGGUCCUGUUCCGCUACCGCGGCCGGCAAGAACUUAGAUGCGCGUUCUUUACGUGGCGCCGCGCGCUCCCGCCCCCCGCGCCCCGCAAGGCGCGGCCGCGGCGCCGCCGCGCCAAGCCCACGCGCCAGGCGCGCGUCGGCCAGUGCUCCUGCGUCUACGGGACGAGCGCGGGCUUCUCGUGCACCUGCUCCAAGAAGUCGCACACCGAGCGGCGCCUCGACAUGCUGCGGCGCAAGGUCGACGGCAUGCUCGCCGACGGCCACGCGAACCUCCCGAAGCCUCCGCGGUCCGAGCGCGCCAGGCGCGUCCACCUCGCCGGCUCGGGCCGGUUCCACGCGUUCCUCGACGUCGCGAACGACCCCCAAAGAAGCUGGGACGCGCUGCGCGAGAAGCGCGGCGACGCCGCGGCGGAAACGCUGCGGAAGUCGGUCGACGCGGCGCGCAGACGCGUGCCCGGCGCGGACGCGCGGCUCCUCGACGGGCCGCCGACCGUGGAGCGCAUGAGUCUCGAGGGGGCGGAAUGGCCGCGGGGGAGGCAUGGGAGGUCAUGGUGGUAAGCUAUACUGG